AUCGUUAGCGUUAUAAAGGUACAAGAUUUUUAGUCCGACACCAUGGAUGAACCAGGCAGUGUUCUACGUGUAGCUGUGUUCGAGAGACCACCAUUUGUGGUAAAAGAAGCAAGUCCCACGGGAUAUGAGUGGGUUGGAUUUUGCAUCAGUCUGCUGGAAGAGUUGUCCAGAAUUCUGAACUUCAACUACGAACUGUACGAAACUCCGGAUGGGAUUUCCGGAAACGAACUGCCUGAUGGAACCUGGUCAGGGGUCAUUGGAGAAAUUACUUCCGGGAAAGCUGAUCUUGCCGUGUCAGCGUUGUCCAUCACGUCUCUGAGAGAGAAAGCAGUGGACUUCACCAAACCGUUUAUGGAGUAUGGGAACGUGCUGGUCAUGCGCAAACCAUCGGAGCAGGACAGGGACCUGCUUGCCUUUGUACAUCCUUUCCAGUGGAAGGUAUGGCUGUGUAUUGCCGUCAGCAUGUUCACCGUCGGGAUCCUGCUGUUCCUGACCAGCAGACUGCGGCUGAAGAUGAACGCCGGGGACAGACAUGCCGAUAACGACAGGGCCUUUAACUUGAGAAACAGCCUCUGGUUCGUCUACUGGUCCAUGGUGCGGAAAGGAGGGGAGCCACCACCUCGGUCUCUGUCCACGCGGAUCAUGGCCGGGUUCUGGUGGCUGUUCGUGCUGAUUGUCGUGUCCACUUACACCGCCAACCUCACGGCCUUCCUCACCGUCAAACGCCUCAAACACCCCGUCACGUCUCUGGAUGACCUCGCCUCGCAAACCAAAGUAAAGUACGGCAUCGUCAACCACGGGUCGCUGUACGAUUUCUUCCAGAGCCAAGUAGGAACGAGUUCUAGCUACGAAAGACUCUGGCACGGUAUGACAGCAAAACCAGAAGAUAGCUUUGUCAGCUCGCUGGAGGAGGGGAUGAAGCGGACAAGACAGAAGGCUGACCUGGCCGUUUCCGCCCUGACAAUUACGUCACUGAGGGAAAAGGUUGUUGACUUCACCAAACCUUUUAUGGAGUAUGGAAACGUACUCGUCAUGCGCAGACCGUCACAGGAGGAUAGGCACAUCCUGGCGUUUACCCAUCCUUUCCAUUGGCAGGUCUGGUUGUGUAUCGUUACCUGCAUGUUCACGGUCGGGAUCCUGCUGUUCCUGACCAGCAGACUGCGGCUGAAGAUGAACGCCGGGGACAGACAUGCCGAUAACGACAGGGCCUUUAACUUGAGAAACAGCCUCUGGUUUGUCUACUGGUCCAUGAUGCGGAAAGGAGGAGAGCCACCACCCCGGUCUCUGUCCACGCGGAUCAUGGCCGGGUUCUGGUGGCUGUUCGUGCUGAUUGUCGUGUCCACUUACACCGCCAACCUCACGGCCUUCCUCACCGUCAAACGCCUCAAACACCCCGUCACGUCUCUGGAUGACCUCGCCUCGCAAACCAAAGUAAAGUACGGCAUCGUCAACCACGGGUCGCUGUACGAUUUCUUCAAAGCGCAAGAGAGCACAAGUUCUAUCUAUGAAAGACUUUGGUACGGCAUGAAGGCAAACCCUCAGGAAAGCUUUGUCAGUAACCUUCACGAGGGGAUGGACAGAGCGAGACAGGGAGGAUAUGCCUUCAUAACAGAUGGCACGUAUUUCGUGUACGAGGCAAUGAAAGACCCUGAAUGCCGGUUGAGCAUGGUUGGAGCACCGUUCGUCUAUGGCGGCUAUGGGAUUGCAACAAGGAACCACAGUCACUGGACAGAGAAACUCACUGUCGGCAUCUUACAGUUGCGAGAGUUGGGCAGAAUCAACACGCUGAGGGACCGAUGGUGGCCAAAGUCAGAAUGUUCCCUAGAUGGGUCUAAUCCCAGGCCCAAUGCCAGCGGUCUAACAUUAGCUGACCUGAAGGGAGUGUUUUACCUGUUGUUCUGUGGUCUGAUGCUCGGAGUUGUCGUUGCUCUUUGUGAAAUCUACUGGCAGAAAACACAUCACGCCAAGGAGAGUCAACACACCAUGCCUAUGGACGAAGGCCAUGAGUGCACAGACCAUGCCUUAUUAAGGGAGUGUAUACGAAGGGUCGAACUUGGUGAGAUUCGCGUCGUCUUUCAGAAGAUCGAGUCAACGAACAACAAAGACGGGAAUCCGUGAAAGACAAUAAAUAGACAAGUCGUUCUGAGUGCUUUAUUCUAAAACAUAUCAUGUUUCUUCUGUUGACCGUGCCUUUACUAUUGAAAGACCAUGUUGAUGAAAUCAAAAUGGUGCUAAAUGUAGGCCAGCUAUAUCAUAUGCGAUUUUAUUGGAAACUACUUCUACUACAACAUUUACUGACACAGAGCUAAAACUUUUUGUUUGUUUGUUUG